AUGGAGUUUGACAUAUCUGGUGUUAUGGAGUUUGACAAAUCUAGUGUUAUGGAGUUUGGCAUAUCUGGUGAUAUCGAGUUUGUCUUAUCUGGUGAAAUCGAGUUUGACUUAUCUGGUUAUAUCGGGUUUAACUUAUCUAGUGAUAUGGAGUUUGAAAUAUCUAAUGAUAUUGAGUUUGACAUAUGUGGUGAUAUCGAGUUUGACAUAUCUAGUGAUAUUGAGUUUGACUUAUCUAGUGAUAUCGAGUUUGACUUAUCUAAUGAUAUCCAGUUUGACAUAUCUGGUGAUAUCGAGUUUGAUUUAUCUAGUGAUAUCGAGUUUGACAUUUCUAGUGAUAUGGAGUUUGACAUAUCUGGUGAUAUCGGUGAUAUUGAGUUUGACAUAUCUGGUGAUAUCGAGUUUUACUUAUCUAGUGAUAUCGAGUUUGACAUAUCUAGUGAUAUCGAGUUUGAUUUAUCUAUUGAUACUGAUUUUGACAUAUCUAGUGAUAUUGAGUUUGACAUAUCUGGUGAUAUCGAGUUUUACUUAUCUAGUGAUAUAGAGUUUGACACAUCUGGUGAUAUCAGGUUUAACUUAUCUAGUGAUAUCGAGUUUGACAUAUCUGGUGAUACUGAGUUUGACAUAUCUGGUGAUAUUGAGUUUUACUUAUUUAGUGAUAUAGAGUUUGACACAUCUGGUGAUAUCAGGUUGAACUUAUCUAGUGAUAUCGAGUUUGAUUUAUCUAUUGAUACUGAGUUUGACAUAUCUAGUGAUAUCGAGUUUGAUUUAUCUAUUGAUACUGAGUUUGACAUAUCUAGUGAUAUUGAGUUUGACACAUCUGGUGAUAUCAGGUUUAACUUAUCUAGUGAUAUCGAGUUUGACAUAUCUAGUGAUAUUGAGUUUGACUUAUCUAGUGAUACUAAGUUUGACAUAUCUAGUGAUAUUGAGUUUGACAUAUCUGGUGAUAUCGAGUUUGACUUAUCUAGUGAUAUAGAGUUUGACACAUCUGGUGAUAUCAGGUUUAACUUAUCCAGUGAUAUCGAGUUUGACAUAUCUAGUGAUAUUGAGUUUGACUUAUCUAGUGAUACUGAGUUUGACAUAUCUAGUGAUAUUGAGUUUGACAUAUCUGGUGAUAUCGAGUUUGACUUAUCUAGUGAUAUAGAGUUUGACACAUCUGGUGAUAUCAGGUUUAACUUAUCCAGUGAUAUCGAGUUUGACAUAUCUAGUGAUAUUGAGUUUGACUUAUCUAGUGAUACUGAGUUUGACAUAUCUAGUGAUAUUGAGUUUGACAUAUCUGGUGAUAUCGAGUUUGACUUAUCUAGUGAUAAAGAGUUUGAUACAUCUGGUGAUAUCAGGUUUAACUUAUCUAGUGAUAUGGAGUUUGACAUAUCUAGUGAUAUUGAGUUUGACAUAUCUGGUGAUAUCGAGUUUGACAUAUUUAGUGUUAUGGAGUUUGACAAAUCUAGUGAUAUGGAGUUUGACAUAUCUGGUGAUAUCGAGUUUGACUUAUCUAGUGAUAUGGAGUUUGACAUAUCUGGUGAUAUCGGGUUUAACUUAUCUAGUGAUAUCAAGUUUGACACAUCUGGUGAUAUCGAGUUUGUCUUAUCUGGUGAAAUCGAGUUUGACAUAUCUGGUGAUAUCAAGUUUGACUUAUCUAGUGAUAUCGAGUUUGUCUUAUCUGGUGAAAUCGAGUUUGACUUAUCUGGUGAUAUCGAGUUUGUCUUAUCUGGUGAAAUCGAGUUUGACUUAUCUGGUGAUAUUGAGUUUGACAUAUCUAGUGAUAUUGAGUUUGACAUAUCUGGUGAUAUUGAGUUUGAUAUAUCUAGUGAUAUCGAGUUUGACAUAUCUGGUGAUAUCGAGUUUGACUUAUCUAGUGAUAUCGAGUUUGACAUAUCUAGUGAUAUCGAGUUUGACAUAUCUGGUGAUAUCGAGUUUGACUUAUCUAGUGAUAUGGAGUUUGACAUAUCUAGUGAUAUGGAGUUUGAUAUAUCUGGUGAUAUCGGGUUUAACUUAUCUAGUGAUAUAGAGUUUGACACAUCUGGUGAUAUUGAGUUUGACAUAUCUGGUAAUAUCGAGUUUGACAUAUUUAGUAAUAUUGAGUUUGACAUAUCUAGUGUUAUGGAGUUUGACAAAUCUAGUGUUAUGGAGUUUGACAUAUCUGGUGAUAUCGAGUUUGACUUAUCUAGUGAUAUGGAGUUUGACUUAUCAAGUGAUAUUAAGUGUGACAUAUCUGGUGAUACAGAGUUUGACUUAUCUGGUUAUAUUGAGAUUGAACUAUCUAGUGAUAUGGAGUUUGACUUAUCAAGUGAUAUUAAGUGUGACAUAUCUGGUGAUACAGAGUUUGACUUAUCUGGUUAUAUUGAGAUUGAACUAUCUAGUGAUAUGGAAGAGAUGAAAGUGGAGCUGUCUUGUGGAGGCAGUACUGAAGUCUACCUUCAUGAUAUUGUCACAGCAGUCAACGUUACCAUGAAAGAAGGCUGUGAGGAAAUUCGAAAAAAAGACCAAGGCAAAACACAGGGACAAAGGAUGGGCUGUAAGACGUUUGGCGGAAGCUGCCGAGAGUCAUAUGACUGGCUAUAG